AUGGCCAACUCUGUUCCCUCCACCAAUGGCUUUGUGGUGGUCACUCAUUUGUACCCACAACAAGGAGCCCAAAGUUCCACUUCACCCCAGAGUGGAGCUGUUUCAACUCCACCCUCUUUGCUUGGGCAAUUCCUUAAGGGAGAACCAGUUGCUUUGGGGACGGUUCAAAUAAUGAUUGGCGUAGUUAUAUUCAUGUUCGGAAUCGUGACAACAAUUUCCACCUCUGCAUUAUCCGUUUACUCUGGUUACAUGUUCUGGGGAGUCAUCUUUUACAUCACUGCUGGUUCCCUCACUGUUAGAGCCAAUAAGGACCUCAAUUCCUGUUUGGUCAAAGCCUCAAUGGUGAUGAACAUCUUCAGUACAAUAACUGCAACGCUUGCUAUAAUUUUGCAUUCUCUUGAUAUUGGUCUGCCAAUGCAUCCUUAUUACGGCAACGGCUGUAACCACGGCGAUUACCAAUGUCAUCAGAUCGAAAACCUGCUUUGGAGCAAGUCAAUGGGGACUAGUGGAGUGAUGCUAGUGCUGUCAGUGCUGGAGUUCAUUGUUUCCAUCUGUGUAUCUGCGUUUGCCUGCAAAGCCACCUGCUCCACUACGACUAAUGCUCAGGUGAUAUACCAGGUGCCACCCUCUUUUCCCACCUCCCAUCUGUCUGCACCUCCAGUGAACACCUAUUCGAUGCCUCCCUUCCAAACCAGUGUGAUGCCUCCUGCUCAUCACAGUGGUGUUGAUGGCCUGAUGUUUGACACACCUGAAAAUCUGCCCCCAGUAUACACUGCUGUCGAAAAAUGAGUCAACGAACAUCAGGGAGGCAUUAUGAAGCAAGUUGUAAUUAUGUAAAUCUCUUUAGUGUCUUCAUUAUGUUGUCACAGUUUAAGCGUGUACACCUGUAUCAGUGAUAUAUUGGCAAAUUAGUCAAUACCAUAAGAAAUCUGGUGAACCAUUAAUUUUCAUGGAGGAAAUAACAGUAGUUAAAGUCCAAGCUGACGUAUUUGCACUUGUAUCUGUAAGAUUUAGAAGGUCACAUUACAUGAUUUGUAUGCUUUAAUAGACCUUUUCCAUCUCAACUCAAAGCACAGUUUUAUUCUCAAGCAUUUGAGUGGUCCUUUCUGUUUUGGUCUUUGAUUUGGCCCAUGAAAUCCACAUCUGACAUACUGUACCCUACACAAGUUAUGUACGUUUUCAAACAAUCGUGAUGGUAAUUUCAGUACAUUAAGCUGAAGAUUUGCAUUUGGGGAUAAAAGAGACAACAGAAAUGCACUACCUAGUCCUACUGACAUUGGAGAAAAUCUGGUAAGCAUUUUUGAGGAAAAGUACUGCAUGUGUUUUGUGCAACCCAUUUCUGCUGUAUAACAAGCUAUGACAUUUACUGUAAUAAUAAAAAAUGUACUGUAAAUAAUAAAAAGAAAAUUGCUGCCCUA